AUGCUUUUUGUUGUUUCUAAUGCUGACGUUUACAAAUCAUCGAAUUCUGAUUGUUACAUUGUAUUUGGUGAGGCCAAGGUCGAAGACCUCAAUUCUCAAGCUCAAGCAAAUGCUGCGCAACAAUUUCAGAAUUCUGCAGAAACUACAACUGCUGCUGCUACAUCUAAAGAAAUCGUUAAAGUCGAAGAAUCAAUCGAAGAAGAUUCAACGGCUAUUGAUGAAACCAAUGUAGAAGCUAAAGAUAUUGAAUUGGUUAUGCAACAGACUAACUGUUCUCGUGCUAGAGCUGUUAAAGCUCUAAAGAAUAACAAAAAUGAUAUCAUUAAUGCUAUUAUGGCAUUACAAUAA